CGUCCGCUCUCCCAUAGAUAAGCCAAUGAGGGCCGGAUUAGUAGUUGGGUCGGUGACGACCAGCGAAUACCUGGUGUUGUAUGUUUUGGACUCUUUUGUCUCACUGUCUUGUCAGCUAUCUACUGACACGCUCGCGAGCCUCUGUCAGCGGGCAUGAUGAGCACAGGAGGGUUUUGCAGUUAUGAAUUAUUUGUUGACGUGAUAGUUGGCUUUGUAUUGUUGCUUCCUGUGUGUAUCUGGCUUGGGGGGGCCGGCCUACAUCUACACCUACAAUACCGGGGCUCGUACCACGAGUGCUCGCGUAGGACAGGCGGCACGACAGCUCAACACCCUCUCUCCCCAUGUCUCAUCAAAAACAUGCCCCCUUCCCCCACCAUCGCCACGGAUGGGAGGGGGGGAAGGGGGGGAAGCACUACGUCAAAGAAAGGGAGGAGAGACGAAGAGACCAAGGCCAAAAAGGCAAGACAGGAAAUGAGACGGCCCCCAAAAAUUCCCUGGGAAAGCAUCCGUGGGGUGAGAGACAAGGUCCUUUCCCUUUCCUCCCGAACCCUCCACCCCCAGAGCCGAAACGGGCGUGUGUCUUUGUCGCGCGCCAGCAGAGAGAGAGGGGGGGGGGGGCGGAGAAAUAACCCCCCCGCAGGGAAGUGCCGGGUGUUUGGGCGUCUACCUACAUGCUAUGGCGCAGGGAAGGGGGAGAGGAAGCAAGCAAGCAAAGUUUCGAGACGAGUGCCAUCGCGGCUCACCUUGAGAAUGGCAAACUCGCAACCAGCCGCCGCCAU